GCAAAAUUAGAAAAGAGAGAAGAAAAAAGAUAACCAAAAAAGAAACAAAUUGUUUAGCUAAUGUUUUCCCGGAUAAAUGCUGCGGUGCAUACUAGUUUUCUAGGCUUAUCGGUGUAUUUUUAAACGUUUGCACUUGUGCACGUGUGGCUGCAACUCAACCUUACGCCCGGUCACGAUGGCAACCGACCUGCUCAAGGGGUGCGACGACCUGCAGAACGAGCUGGACCGUGCGAGAAACAAUCUCAAAGGGCUGAACGAUAACAUCCGAAGAAUAUUCGGACGCGAUCCGUCCAACGCAGAGCCUUACAACAAUGGGCGGGAGGAUGGUGGCGGUGGCGGCGGACCGAACACACCGAACGGGGGCAACAAAAAGGGGGGAUUCGCCAUGAAGGAGGGCUACGAUGCGCGGAAGCGAAACUCGCUCGGCUUCGACUCGCCCCAUGCGAUGGGCCCGCGCCGGGACCACGCCAGACCGUACCCCGAAUCCGGUGGCCACCCGAAUCCGGCCAAACGACGUGCCAUGGGGGAAAUGAAAUCCGUGUUCAGUCGCCUGUCCGGACCACCGAACCGUGACGUAGAGUACGAAAAGCCGCGACUGUUUUCACGCGUCAUCAAGGAGCAACCGUCCAAGGAGGACAUCGUGGCGGCACAGGGCUCGGACGAACGGUCCCGGGCUCGCAAUCGGCGCAUCUUCGGCUCGCUGCUCGGCACGCUGCAAAAGUUCUCCCAGGAGGAGUCGAAGCUGAAGUCGAAGGAGGAGAAAAAGGCCAUGAUCGAGAAGAAGCUGGAGGAGCAGGAAAAGAUGGAGCGGGAAAACAUGCAGAAGGAGAAGCAGUGCCUGUUUACCGACCGGAAACGGCAGCAGCUCGAAAUACGCGCGCUAGAAACGAAGAUGGCCAAGCUGAAGGCGCUGGAGGUGUGGGAAAACUCGAAACGGCCGCUGCAGAACUUUAUCAAAACGAAAACCAAUCCACCGAUCUUCUACCUGCCAAAGCGGAUGAAUGCUGCCAUGGAGAAGAAGCUGGCCGAAUGUCAGAAGGAGCAGCAAAAAUUGAUGGACGAGAAGCGACAGGAAGUGAUGGAAAGUAUUGAGGCGGUCGAGGAACGGUUCAAGGCUGACAUCAAAUCGCUGGAGGAAAACAAUGGCAAGGACCGUACCGGUGCCGCCGGGUACGAUCGGAUGAAAGCAGCUUCCGGCAGCUUUGAUGACAGUUUCGGCACGGGCUCGAAGCACGAUCGCAUCAAGAUGGAGGAAGACGACGAGGACGAUGAUCCGCACAGUGCGUACCAGUACGAGCAGGACGAACAGCCCGAUGUUCCUGAGGGCCCCGCACUUCCGGCCUCGAUGGUGUCACGGUUUAAAAUUACUAUCCACAACACUGACCACAAACAAGAUACUGCAGAACGUCGGGACGUUUCGGCGGAAGAAUCGAAGUCCACACGAGUGCAGGCAUCGGAAAGCAUAGUAAUGGAUAUGGACGAUUCCAUCGUAGAGCCGAAUGAACGUUCCGAAAAGAGCCCUAAAAGGCGCAAGAGCUCCAUCGACCGAUCGGCAAAGAAUAUUCAAAUCACGUUCAGAACGUCCGCCAAUGCCGAUAAUAAUAAUUGAUCGUGUUCAGUCAGGCGCUCGCAAGCUGCAGGAAGGAAUUAGUCUCCCAUCAGUUUGCAUUUUUUCGUUUGUUUUUGCAGGAACAGUACAAGCGCCCCGCGUGGGCAGUCGCCGUGGCGACGUUACCUUCCAGUAGGCCACACACACAUACGGACACAAAGACCAUAUUUUUAUAACAUACAGGAUGAUACUCAGAUAGAGAGGAUGGUCGAUGUAAAGGCAGGAGGUAAUUUCAAUUUUUCCAUCAGAGCAACAGUCUGUUCCUUAGCUCAGGGCCAGUUCAUCAAGGAAGCAAAACGUUCUUUUCGUUUUAGAUCCAUACACUCGGUGAGUAGGGAACAGCAUAAUCAAUCCUGUUUUUUUCCUUUCAAACUAUCUAAAAAUACCAUGUCAGUACACUUUUAUCAGUUCUGUAUUGCACAAGAAAUUCGUCAUGAAUUGUUGUUCACCCGCAUCAGCAUCGAGCAACAAUCGUGUACACUUCUUUCGAAUCCCCUCCCCUCAUUUCAUGCAGAGGAACACGAGAAUAAGAGUAAUCAUUAGGCGGUUAAGGUGUACGAUAUAACUCAUGUUUGCCGUUGCUGUACCAAGGCGGUACAAUGGGCAACAUACAAAAAAUGCAACAAUACCGUAUCGCUUGUAGCAGGUAAAGUUUACCUCGUAAGAUAGACGCUAAGGGCGCUGAUAGGGAUGAUAGGGAUGAACUCAAACUCACCUAUUUACAGGCCGUGCAGUGCGUUAUCGAUACCGUAACAUAAUUUAGUGAAAGAAUUACACAUUACAUUUAGCAUGUAAUAAACCGGUUUUCAUACUUCCCGUA